AUGGCGACAAUCCAGCACCCCUUACAGUUUCUCCUAGAGAGUGAGCAAUCUGUCCCAUUCGAUGACGAAGAAGAUGGUUUUGAAACUCUAGAAAUGCGUCAGGCGCAGUGUUGCAAAGACUUAGUUCAACAGAUAAAGACGUCAAACAAAUGUAACAUUCGAGAUCUGUUUGACUGCAAGUUCUCUGAUCUGACAUUGCUUUUGGGAGACCUGAUAACACAUCGUCUAGACUAUGAUGCAAUUUUACCUGCAACACAAGAUGAUACUGCAAAUGAAGAGGCGAUCUCUGGAACGACGAACGCGAUGACAAUCACAUAUCCUGCAAUUUGUGCCGCCGAGCUGUAUGCACACUUACUUGCUACUCCAGGCGCCUUAGGAUCAGGGCUGGUAGCACUAGAGGCAGUAACUGCAUUGACAGCUAUUGUUAGAAGAUGGGCAAUUGAAUGUUGUGGUCGAGAAGAUCUGUUACGGGAUGGGAGGAAGGGAUAUCGGACAUCUACAAAGUCUCCUCCCAAGAAGCGCAGUCGCUCGGCAGUCAUAUUUGGUGAUCGACAAGACCUCGCUGACGACAUAGAUGAGAUCAACGUCACGGAGUCCAGUUCAGAGCCUGAGACCAUCCUGAAAGCUGGUCUCAGUCUCGCCCUUGCCCUAACGAAGAUUCCUGCAGAGCGAGAAUUUUCUACAUGGUCCUACGAAGCAAGAGAGGCAAUCCUUGAAGCAGUCAAUACUGCGUUUGCCACUUCUGCGGCAGUCAAAAGUAUGAACAAGAUUGGAUUCGAAGUCGUUGAAGACGCAUCAAAAUCGUUUGUGCGAGCAGUUUCGAACAGCUCGUCCAAGCCCAAACAACAAGAAAUGUCAGUUGCUCUAUUGCGUGGUCUUCUCCGCAUUAUGCAAUUCAAAGAAGUCCUUCCGAAUGGAGAACGGGGGAAACUUGAGGCGCAUUCCGCAGCGAGCGCAUCCUUGUUGUGCUUUGUCCAAAAUUUCUCAAGCAGUACAACGAGACAGUCGUUGGGUACCCUUCGGACACCUAAUCGAAAUGAGCGAGAUGCUCGCCAUAGCCCAUCACUCGCAACAGCAAGUGGAGGCAAGACUCCAAAGAGUCAUCGUCGUCGUGCAUCUCUGGAUGGUGUAACUCCAAUGCUUUCCCCUGCACUGAAGAAAGGUGUUUCGUUGGCAACAGUUGGCACUCAUGCAAACAAAUGCAACCCUGUUCUUUCAGUUUUACUUGGAAUGAUGCAGAAGUUAACUGUUUCACCGGGGUUUGAAAGAGCCAGUACUCGAACGCCCACAAUCAAAGCUAUCCAGCGCUGUCUUUCUUCUUUCCCACGGGCUGAACGAGCUCAAUUUUUACGAUACAUUUUCAAGCUGAGCCAAUCAAAAGUUUCAAUUCAUCGUUUGGUGGCCUGUGAGAUCAUUGGAAAUUCACUAGCCGAAGAAUGGCUCGAAAUUCAUGGUGAAGAUCCGCUGAAAGAAGACAAAGAAGGAUCACCAAUGUCAGUCACAGAAGAAGCGCAGCAAAGUCUACCAACUGCUCUCUGGCGAGCACUACAGGGGAGACUACUGGAUCGUAUCGCAGCUGUUCGUGCUCGGGCAGCUUCGUCGCUUGAAGCAGCCAUCAAUACCAAUGCGUGUUGGAUGGAAGAAUCACUGCUAACUGUUCUUCGAAAACGUGCUUUGUUAGAUGAAACAGCGACCGUUCGAAAAGCUUCCUUAUCAGCUAUUACUCAGAUUCUUCUGGUACGGAAGGAAUGGAUGUCUGAAUGGCACCUGAGCGCACUCUGCGAGCUGUGUCAAGACCCGUCCAUCUUGACCCGAAAGGCCGCUGCGGAAAGUCUCACAGCACUUCUUGAGGCAUACAGCGAACAUCACUGCAAUUCACUAUUGGAAGAGUCUUGGUCGAAUUGUGUACUCCCCAUGAUUCUCGACGAAGAGGUAGGGACAAAAGCAAUAGCACUGCUUGAUCGACUUGUAGUCUCGCCAAUUCUCUCGGAGGGGGGGAUGAACAAGAGUCAAACAAUGUGGCGAAUACUUGGACAUGUAGGAAGCGCCGCGGGACAACAAGGUGCUUCUAAGGGUCCCUCGCAAGCACUUCGAGCGGCCCUAAAGCAAUUGAGUCUUGAAGAUAAGAAUCGAGUACACAUCGAUCUCAUGAAGCAUACGCUUAAACUCGCCCACAAAGCCAUGGACGACGAGAAUAUGUGCGAUGGUGCCUUCGUCGGGAUGUGGUGUCUCCUAGAGAAUAUAUUGGUCCAGUGCAACGAUAUUGGGAGCGUAGUCAACAAGUCGCAGAGCUCCAUUAGAAGUUUCGAGGUCUGCUUGGCAGCUUGGAAGAGAAUCUUGGCUCAGCAAUCUCGCACCGCAAAUCCUAGUUUCCGAAGCACACUGCGCUCGUCAUUGGUAGUGGCAUCCCAUUUGGCAACAUCCCUCCACCACUCGGUGGUUUCUCAAAACAAGCAAGAGCUACAAGAAGCCUUAGAGCGAUUCAUGUUCCCUCCCAAUAUAAUUCCGGCUGCAGUGUCAGCUCUUGUUGCUAUGGCUGUUAGGUCCUCGAAUACAGGAAAGUCAAUUGAUGUUGAGAGUCACAUCCGACGGCUGUACGACCGAUGUGAGGCAGAAUUAAGUUCGUUUAUUCAACAUGCGAGUAUGAGUCGAGCGGAUUUUGCUGGCACAACUUGUCUUCAGAAUUCGGUAGUUGAAGCACUGUUUACAGUUGGAGAACUCUCUAUGAUUGGAUUUUCUUCCGACGAAAACGAAAAGAGUGCGACCGUUUCUGAUGCAGAAAGAGGUUCUGUACAAGGGUUACACAUUGGACCAACGAGAAACCUUGUGGAUCUUGUGCAGACUCUUCUUUCCUCUCAACUACCUGGCAGCAAGGGAAUGAAAAACCCAGAUCUGUACCGUGCUCACGCGUUCACGGUACUUGGAAAGUUGUGCUUGCGGGAUGAGGCUCUUACCAAAGCUUCAUUGAACCUUCUAGCAAGAGAAUUGCAAGCGUCAGUUGAAUCUUCCAGUCCUGCUAUCCAAAGCAAUGUGCUUUUGGUAUUAGGUGAUCUGAGCGUACGGUACACCAACAUGACCGACAGAUACCUCCCUAUCCUCGCCACAUGUCUUCAGACAGGGGCAGCAGAACACUCGGAGUUUUUAAUGUCGAACACUACAAGGGAAUUUGCUGUUGUUCGUAGGCACGCAGUGCUGCUACUUUCAAGCCUUUUGUUACAAGACUACAUCAAAUGGAGAGGAUUGCUCUUUCACCGCUUUCUUGUGGCUUGCUGCGAUGACGACGAAGGAGUUGCCCAUUUGGCUGAAAGUGUACUAUCAGGACCACUGUGGACAAGAAACCCAAAGCUCUUUUACAACCAUUUUGUCGAAUCAAUCUUUGUCCUUAAUAAGUGUUCUGCGCACCCGAUCUAUGUUGCCGCUGUCAUGCAAGGGGAUGGUGGCAGUGGAAUUGCUGUUGGCUUUGAAGGGAUUAAUCUCAGUGGAGAAGUUGGAAAAUCGCGCCGACGCAACAUGUAUGACUUCAUGUUGUCAAAGUUAUCCGAUGAAGAAAAGAUCGGUGUGAUUGCAAGACUGGCAAAAGAAGUACUCGGGGGGGCUCUAUCAGAGAACGGGGAUUUGGGGAAGGUUUGUCAGAUUGCGAGUACAGAGACGCAUCCUCAACUAGAGAGUGCUUGGAACGUAAUAAACGAUACGUUUUAUGUGCUUACCAACGGGGGGAUUAAUGUUGGGAGAGUUGUUGAAGGUGAUGAACUCGAAGAUCCCAACAUUCCAAAUUCAUCGCGACAGGUGACAGUAGCCAAGAGUCGUCUACUUUCAAAGAUCAGCCGCAAGCAAAUGAUUGAGAUAGUGCUGCCAAUCUUGUGCAAUCUCAAGGUAAAACUACAGUCCCACUGUUCUCCAUUGUUAAAAGACUUGAUGCGAUACCUUUGUGAGAUCUUCCAGCAAUUCAAGACUGAAGCGAAGGAAUUUCUUGCGAAUGACCCAACAUUACUUCAUGAAAUUGAGUAUGAUAUGAGACAGAUGCGUUGA